GUAUGAUCUAAAGCGGAGUCACGUUAAUUUUAUAUGUUCAUAAUUUUGAUUAACUUCAAAGGUAGAAAUAUAUUAAUAAAGGGUAAAUUGUAAUUUUUAUUUAUAUUAGUGUCAUUUUAAAUUCCUGUGGUAACAGCUGAUAAUUAUUUAUUAUUUUAAUAAGUAGUUUACUGUUACCACCUCAUUCUCUAGUAUAAUUUAUCGCUGUAACCAGGGAAAAAACCAUAUUUUGCAAUUGCAAUUUCUCAAGAUAAUAUGAGUGGCUCUGGUGGUUGCAGUUCAUCAAGUAAUACUUCUAACAGGAGUACCAGAUAUGAUAUUAAUUAUCCUGACCGUUACAAGGCAGCUGACCAUGUUGAUAAUUCAAACAUUCCUGUUUUAUCUAGUACAUUGACACCUGAAGCUAAGGAGUUCAAACCUAAUUCUAAUCUUUAUUGUAAUAUUGAAACUUCUGAACCGAGCAUUUCAAAUGGUGCUGUUAGAAAGAAUUACAAAAAGUCUUACUAUUAUAGCAACCAGAAUUAUAACAGGAAAAAUAAAGGAAAAGACAACAAUUAUAAUGAAUACAUGUCUAGAGGAAGUGACAGAAAAAAAUAUCAAAAAAAUAGGGAGCAAGACAUUAGAGGAAAUUUAAGAAAUAUGAGAGAGGACAGCAGUAAUGGGACAGAUUUUGAAAAUGACACCAGAUACUUUCCAAAAUCUAAUGAUAGCAGUGAUUAUUACAGGAGUGUAAAUAAUUAUAAUAAAAAUUAUUAUAAACAAGCAUAUCCCAAUGAAUUUGGAAACAGAAGUUAUAGGAGAAACUACAAUACGUCUCAAAAAGAAAAUUUUAGUAAAAGCUAUGGAAAGUAUACUAAUUCAAAAACAGACCUUGGAUCUUAUAAUAUAGUCAGUAAAAAAGAAAAUUAUCAAGAAAUAUCAAGUGUAAAGCCAGAAAUCAAGCCUAAAAAGUAUAAUACUAGUGCUAGUAAUAGCAGAGCAUUUUAUUUACAAAAAUUAAAUAAGAAACUUGAUAAUGUCUCACAGAGAGAAAGAUUGGAAGAAUUAAUUGUACAUUGUCUACUAGAAUGUUUAGUUUGUUAUGAAAAGCUAAAACAUCAUGACAAGGUGUGGUCUUGCAAGCAAUGUUAUCAUGUGUUACAUUUGAAUUGUGUGACAAAAUGGGCAGAAUCGUCAAAGAUGGACUCAGGUUGGCGUUGUCCAGCUUGUCAGAAUAUUUACUUGCAAAUUCCUGAAAAAUAUGUUUGCUACUGUGGUAAAAUAACGGAUCCCCCCUAUUUACCGGGGCAUUUACCUCAUAGUUGUGACGAGGUAUGUGGACGCAAGAAUCGAUUCUGUUCGCACAACUGCACUCUUUUAUGCCACCCGGGCCCCUGUCCUGAUUGUAGUAUAAUGGUAACACGUUCUUGCAGUUGUGGCUCAACUGUGGUAAUGAUAAAAUGCAGUUCUAAAGUGCCUAUUCAGUGUUCUUCUAUUUGUAAUAAACCUUUAAAUUGUGGCUCGCACAAAUGUACAAAAGUUUGUCACGAAGGCGAUUGCGGGCCUUGCAAAGAGAUCAUUAAACAGGAAUGUUAUUGCUAUAAACAAGGUCGAGUUGUGUCAUGUACUACCGAAACGACUGGUAAAACUUUGUACAGUUGUGGUGAGAACUGUGAAAAGUUGUUGGAAUGCAGUAACCAUAAAUGUCAACAAAUGUGUCAUGAUGGAAUCUGCAAUCCAUGCUGUAGGUCGCCUGGUUUGAUUUCUACCUGCCCCUGUGGAAAAAAGAAAUUAGGGGAUGAUAGAAAGUCAUGUUUAGAUCCUAUACCUUCCUGUGGACAGACUUGUGGUAAAAUGUUAAAGUGUGGACAACCAGGAGCACAUCAUUUUUGCAAAGAACUUUGUCAUGAAGGUGACUGCCCCAUCUGCCCUUUGACAACUUCUGUGAAAUGUCGAUGUGGUUUAAUGGACAAAGAAAUGCCUUGCGCGAAGUUGACUACGAGGGCUGAUGACGCUAGAUGUCAAAAGAAAUGCACCAAAAAACGUUCAUGUGGCAAACAUAAAUGUAAUCAGAACUGUUGUAUCGAUAUCGAGCAUAUCUGUCCUCUUCCAUGCAGCCGUAUGCUUUCGUGUGGUAAUCAUCGUUGUGAUCGCACCUGUCACAAAGGCCGUUGCCCCCCUUGUUUGCAAUCUAGCUUCGAUGAACUUUAUUGUGAAUGUGGAACAUCCGUUAUUAUGCCUCCAGUACCAUGCGGCACGCGACCUCCCGCCUGUUCGAUGCCCUGUUCGCGUACACGUUCUUGCGGUCACGAUCCAUUACAUUCAUGCCAUUCUGGAUCUUGUCCUCCAUGCACCGUCCUAAUUAAAACCUGGUGCUAUGGUCAACAUGAACAAAGGGCCACUAUACCGUGUCAUCAACAAAGUUUUAGUUGCGGCCUGCCUUGUGGGAAACCGAUGCCUUGCGGCAGGCACAACUGCAUCAAGCCGUGCCAUCUUGGUCCAUGUCCACAACCCUGCAAGCAACCUUGUAUCAAAAUGCGUCCUGGUUGCGGUCAUCAGUGUAAUCAGCCUUGUCAUGAUCCUCCAUGUCCUGAAACAUCCUGCAAACAAAUGGUUAAGGUCACUUGUCAGUGUGGCCUAAGGUUCGCCUCUAAAAUUUGCUUAGAUUUGAUUGGUGAGUAUCAGACAAUUGCUAUGUCUCACUUGGCUAGUAAAAUGGAAGAGAUACAGAGAGGAGAGACCGUUGACCUGAGUGAUCUAGUUGUUGGAAAACAAACUAAAAAGAGCGCCGCCCUAAAAGCAUUAGAAUGUAAUGACGAGUGCCGAGUGGUGGAACGUAAUCGUCGUAUGGCAAUAGCUCUCCAGGUAUCUGGGUCAGACUUCCAGCAAAAAAUCAUACCCAAAUAUUCAGAUUACAUGCGUCAGUGGGCGAAAAAGAAUCCAACUUUUUGUCAAUACGUACACAACAAACUCACUGAACUCGUUGAACUAGCCAAACAAAGUAGACAGAAAUCGCGUUCAUUUUCGUUCGAAACAAUGAAUAAGGAGAAGAGACACUUUGUGCAUGAAUAUUGCGAGCAUUUCGGUUGUGAAAGUGCCGCAUAUGACCCCGAACCUAACAGGAAUGUGGUAGCAACAGCCUUGCGAGAGAAGUCGUUUUUUCCAAGUUAUAGUUUGCUAGAAAUUAUUCAAAGAGAAAAUGGUCAAAGAAAAGUCCCCGGACCUCAACAGUUGGAAAAAGGCCAAAGAUCCUCAUCGGAGAGCGUGUCAAUGAAAGUCUCAGGGCGGCUCAAUAGACCUCCUACCCCUCCUGGAGAGUACGUAGACUAUUUUGAUCAACCUCCAGCUUAAAAUAAGAAUUUUCACGCCAAUGUUGAUUUAUAAGGUAUGACUAUUAUUUGUACUUUCCAUUUUAAAUGGAAUAAUAUACUACUAGAUGUUGAGGAGUUCAA